GCUAACGACGUUAUCAUGAACCCUGGACCCUUUGCUCAUUAGGGCUUUUUGGCUCUUCAGGUUCACACUACAUAUAGGUGACCAGACCAAUAGAAAAAAAAUUAAGUAAGAGAAAAGAUCAAAAGAAGAAGAAAUAGUAAUGGCUUCCUCUAUGCUCUCCUCCGCUGCUGUGGUUACCUCCCCAGCUCAAGCCACCAUGGUCGCUCCAUUCACCGGCUUGAAGUCAUCCGCUGCAUUUCCGGUGACACGAAAGGCAAACAACGACAUUACUUCCAUCGCAAGCAAUGGCGGAAGAGUUAGCUGCAUGAAGGUGUGGCCACCAAUCGGAAAGAAGAAGUUUGAGACUCUAUCUUACCUCCCUGACCUUUCUGACGUCGAAUUGGCUAAGGAAGUUGACUACCUUCUCCGCAACAAGUGGAUUCCUUGUGUUGAAUUCGAGUUGGAGCACGGAUUUGUGUACCGUGAGCACGGAAACACUCCUGGAUACUACGAUGGACGGUACUGGACAAUGUGGAAGCUUCCAUUGUUCGGAUGCACCGACUCCGCUCAAGUGUUGAAGGAAGUGCAAGAAUGCAAGAAGGAGUACCCUAAUGCCUUCAUUAGGAUCAUCGGAUUCGACAACAACCGUCAAGUCCAAUGCAUCAGUUUCAUUGCCUACAAGCCCCCAAGCUUUACUGAUUCUUAAUUAAAUCCCUUUCUGGAAUAUCAAUGUUGACUAUCCGGAACCCAAUUUUGUAUGGUCAAUGUAAAUUUAAGUA